AUGUUAGACUGGAUUUUAGUUAUAAUUUUAAUAAUUUUAAGUUAUAAAUUACUUUUAAAUAAGAAUAAGAUUAUAAAAAUUAACUACAAACGUCCUAUUCAAGCAAAUGAUGAUUGGAAUGGUAAAUUACUUGAAAAUCCUUCAAUAUUUGCCCAUAACUUCGAUAAGAGUUUAUUAAAUGGUAAAAACGUUUCAAAUGAUUAUAUAACUUGUUAUGAUCCAUCAACCGGUCAAUUUAUAGACGCGAUCAAAGCUGCCAAUGAACAGGAUAUCAAAUCUCAAAUUCAAUUAGCGAAAGCUGCACAAGUUGAAUGGAAAUCUAGUAAUUGGUCUCGUCGUUUGAAAGUCUUAAACAGUUUAUUAGAUUGGGUCGUUAGCGAUAUUGAUAACUUAGUUGAUGUAGCUUGCAGAGAUACUGGAAAAACUAAGGUUGACGCUGCAUUUGGUGAAAUUUUGACCACAGCUGAAAAGCUCAGAUGGAUGAUAAACAAUGCGAAAUCAAUUCUAUCCCCCCAACGUAGACAUACUAACCUUUUACUUGCUCAUAAAUCUUCGAAGGUAGUUUAUGAACCACUUGGGGUCACAGUAGCUUCAGUCUCGUGGAAUUAUCCAGCUCAUAAUUCUUUAUCACCGAUCAUUGCUUCAUUGAUUUCUGGUAACGCAUGUAUCGUUAAGGGAUCAGAAUUAGUUGCUUGGUCAACAAAAUGGUUCAUUGGCGCAGCACAAGAAUGUUUAAGAGUAAAUGGUGAAGAUCCUAAUUUAAUACAACUCGUCAUUUGUUAUCCAGAAGUUGUUGAAACGUUAACAACAUCAAAUGAUAUUGACCAUAUAACUUUCAUUGGGUCAGAAUUAGUUGGAAAAAAAGUAGCUUCUGCAGCAUCAAAAAAUCUUAAACCAUGCUGUAUCGAAUUAGGCGGUAAAGAUCCUGCAAUAAUAUUAGAAAGUGCAGACCUUAACUUUUUUGAAUCCACUUUUAUGAGGUCUGCCUUUCAGGCUGCUGGUCAAAACUGUAUAGGUAUCGAAAGGUUCAUAAUUCAUGAGAAGAUUUACACUGAUUUCAUUGAACGCAUGGAUAAACGAGUAAAAGAGUUAAGAUUAGGACCAUCACUCAAAGAAGGCUCCUGUUCAGAUGUUGGUGCUAUGAUUUCAGAUACUAGGUUCGCAAAACUUGAAGAAUUAAUUCAGAAUGCGAUCAAACAAGGUGCAAGACUUCUAGUCGGUGGUAAAAGAUAUCAGCAUCCGUUAUAUCCAAAGGGUCAUUAUUUUGAGCCUACUUUACUUGUGGAUGUUACAAAAGAUAUGGAAAUUUUUCAUGAAGAGCUUUUUGCUCCUGUUAUGACUGUAAUUAAAGCACAAUCAACCAACCAUGCUAUCGAUCUCGCAAAUGGAACAAGAUUUGGCUUAGGUGCAGCAGUAUUUGGUAAUAAUAAAGCAGAAUGUAGACUUUCUAUGCCUUUUGGAGGCGUUAAAUCCAGCGGUUAUGGAAGAUUCGGUGGACCAGAAGGUUUGCAAGGAUUGUGUAAUCCUAAAGUCAUAAUAGAAGACAGGUUCUUCUCUCUCAUAAGGACACCUAUACCUAAGCCGCUAGAUUAUCCUAUAAAAUCAGCGGUAUCAAGCUGGUCAUUUGUCAAGGGCUUGGUUGAGGUUGUCUAUGCAACUGAAAUCAAAGCGAAAAUCCUAGGAUUGAAAGAUUUACUUAAAGGAUUAUAA